AUGUACUCGUUUUUAUGUAUAGAAAAUAUCGCAUUACACAAGCCAGCUUUCCAGCAAUACCCAUUCAUCGACGGUGAAGCUAGCUACGACGCCAGUAGAGCGGUUGAUGGACUGAAAUCUGACUUGAGUUGGUCUGGAGGUCAGUGUGUUCUAUCAUCUGGCAGACAUACAGCCAUCUGGUGGGUACAUCUCACUAGCAUCCUCAGCAUCCAUCACAUUACCAUCUACUACAGGAAAGAUAAUGUAGAACCAGGCUGUCCAACCACCAGAUAUUACGGAUUGAACUGUUCCGUACCCUGUCCAGACGUCAACUGUCAGUACUGUCACAUAGAGACGGGCACCUGUCAGGGCUGUAAACCUGGAUACAAAGGUCACCGAUGGGAUUUAGCCUGUGAUGUUGGACGGUUUGGUGAAGCAUGCAGAGAAAAGUGUGGACACUGUCAAGACAAAAACAAAUGUUUCCAUAUAAAUGGUACAUGCUUAACCGGAUGCAAUGUUGGUUAUGAAGGUGACCUUUGCAAAACACCUUGUCUCAAUGAACACUUUGGACAGGAUUGUGCUUACAAAUGCAACAACACAUGUACAAAUUGUAACCAUCUAAGUGGUGUGUGUGAUUCUGGAUGUCUUUCAGGCUGGAAAGGGAAGUACUGCCAUGAAGCAUGCAGCAACGGAUCGUAUGGUAUUGCCUGUAAGGAAAUGUGUGGAAAUUGCCAUGGUGUGACACAAUGCGACCAAAUCAAUGGCACGUGCCUGAAUGGAUGUAAACCUGGGUUUGAAGGGAACCUGUGUAAAACACGCAAAUUGUGGCUUAGGAUCGUUUGGUGCAGACUGCAACGAAACAUGUGGGCACUGUCGGGACUUAAACCAAUGUUCGAAUGUCGAUGGAAGAUGCCUAACUGGAUGUGA